AUGCAUGGCUUCGAAUCUUGCGGAUUGUGGCCUCGCAAUCGCUUUAAGAUCGGGGAUGAGGAAUACGUCGUUCUUGACGAAGAUGCUAAUCUAAGUGAAACGGCGGAAGUCUCCCAGGAUCUGGCAACUGAAAGGCAGCAAGAACAAACAGAUACUUUAACGUGUGUGGCAAAAUCCAAUCAGACUACUGAGCAAGAACAGACUGAAAAAGUUGAGUACCCACAACUUUCUGAAGUACCGACAACUCACCCUCCGGAAAAACAGCAAGAUCAAUGUCUGGAAGAGAAAGCGAAGGAAUGUUCUUUAGGUAUGAAAGUAAACAUUUCUAAUACAGAGACAGUUCGAGCGACAUUUGAAAUAAUAUCUCCACUACGUGGUAUUCUUGGAAUUGCAAAAAGGAAAACGUAUGAAAGAAUCAUGGUGCGACGAAAAGAAGAUGAAAAUAACAGUUGGUACUGUAAAUUAUGCCAAGAAGACGUAAAAGAAAAUAUGAUCAAAUGCACACAAUUCUCCAUUGGGAAAAGAGUUCGGUGUCCGAGGAACUUGGGAUGCUUUGGAACGGGACCUCCUUUCGCCCAACCUAAAAGACGUCCGAUCAGCUACUUACCCAACAGCAGAGAGUUUAUCAGAACCAAAUUCCUUCUGUAUACCCGUCGAGAUCCUUGGUUUAACGAGAUUUUGAUACCCGAUCAAAUAGAAACCAUCGAGAUUUCGAAAUUUAACUCCCAAUUGCCAACUAAAGUUAUAAUUCAUGGGUAUGUGGAUAGCACCCUUCUAACCACUUGGAUGAAGAGGUUGACACGCGUACUAUUUUCUGUCGGAGAUUAUAACGUGAUUAUUGUGGAUUGGUUUAUAGGAAGCACAUUCUCAUCGUACAUCCAAGCGGUGGCUAAUGCAAGAGUAGUGGGAGCAGAAAUUGCAUUUCUUAUGGAACGUCUUCAGGAUUUUCAUCUGAUCUGCCACAGUUUAGGAGCACACGUUUGUGGAUAUGCGGGCAAACGACUGAGUGAUCUCGGAAGGAUAACGGGUUUGGAUCCGGCAGGUCCUUAUUUUCAUAACGUUUCUCGUCACGUUCGAUUAGAUGCUUCGGACGCAAUGUUUGUCGAUAUUAUUCAUACGAAUGCAGCUGAAUCAAUAUUUAAAGGUCUAGGUACGAAUGAAAUGAUUGGCCAUGUCGACUUCUUUCCUAAUGGAGGUCACAAUAAUCCCGGAUGUAAAACUCUGCGCGAAAAGAAAAAAUCUAGAACCUUCUUAGAAUUCAUCAGACCUCAAUUAGAAUGCGAUCAUAGACGUGCCAUAGAGUUUUUCAUCGCAUCCAUUAAAUACCCGGAAUGCUUCGUUGCUGUUUCAUGUCGCAGUUAUUUGGAUUUUGCAGCAGGAAGAUGCAGUUGCUCCGACGAAACACCUUGCGCUUUCAUGGGAUUUUAUGCAGAUCAGUUCGAACAUCUCAUAAGGAAUACGUCUGGCAUCUUUUAUCUAGAUACUAGUAGUGAUUAUCCUUACUGUGCUAAAAAUAGACUUAUUUUCAAUUAUAAAAUAAAAACUCGGUCACUUAAAAACCAUUAA